AAUGUGUUUUAUAGCUUAUAAGUUCAUUUGAUUUUAAUUUAACGGUUUUCUGUUGGCAAAAAAAAUCCAAACUUUUCCAUAUUUGUACAUUUAAUAAACUUAGGAAACCAAUGCUAGGCUUCCCAAGACUUUCAAAAUUCCUUACCAUCGCAGUCUCCUUUUUUUUUCACUUGGAUAAAUCAUCAAUAAAUAACCUUUGUGAUUUUUAUGGGUUGCCUUUAAGCGGAAGUUGAAUGUGAUAUAAUUUUUUUUUUUUUUUAUGGCUCAUUUGUUCUUGUUUUGGCAACAAGAGUACUUUAGCUCGGCUAUAUUUAAAAUCCGCUACGUCUAUAGUUUAUGAAUUCUGGACAAGAUCAUCUCACGCUAAAUGCAGUUUAUGAUCUGUUUAACUCCAUUUUGUCUGAACUCUUCACUUGCAUUGUUUACAGAAGAGUCAUUUCUGUAACACUUAUCAAUGUUAUCAGUGUUAUUCUAACAGUUUGGCUGUGUUGUAUUUUAUUGUCCUUGGAGAAAUCAUGAAGUAAUAAGAACUGAGGACAUACCAUUACUUUAUCUUGGCUCAUCUUACCUGUGCUUGGUUAAUUAUUAAAUGUGCCUAAUAGUGGCUUUAGUCUCUCUACUCCUGCUUCAGAUCCUCAACCUGCAAAUGGAUGAGCCACAUGCCAAGAGGAGCAGCUUCAGAGACGUCCUGAAGGAGGUCGGGGCGUUCGGUUUGUUUCAGAAAAGCUUGCUCAUUGCGCUGUGCAUACCCAGCAUUUUCCCAGCUUUCGAUGUGACAAGUCAGGUGUUUACUGGAAUGAGUUUCCCACAUCACUGUAACACUGACUGGAUUUUGGAGCGUGGACCAAACCUAACCAAAGAGAGGCAGAGGAAUCUCACUAUCCCCGUGGAUGAGAAUGGAAGAUUUGAAAGUUGCAAAAUGUUCACCCCUGUGGAUCUGGAUUUGGAAACGAUUGAGAAGUAUGGUCUCAACAGGACAACGGGAUGCAUCAGUGGCUGGGACUAUGAGGUCCAACCUGGUGUUUCCAACAUUGUGACAGAGUUUAAUCUGGUUUGUGACAAAAGGGGUUUAAUUGAGGCAUCACAGUCCAUCUACAUGGCUGGUGUUCUGGUCGGUUCGCUGACGUUUGGGGCGAUUUCUGACAGGUUUGGCAGAAGAUUCGGGAUCCUUCUUUCCGUUUUCAUCCUGCUGCUGUUCAGCGUCAGCACAGCUUUCUCACCAAACAUCUACGUUUACAUGACUCUCAAAUUUUUAUGUGGAACUGGUGUUGUUAUCAUGACCACAUUUGUGAUGGUGGUGGAAUGGACAGAUCCUUCAAAAUCGGCUCUCUGCACGAUGUCCAUCAUGAGCUCCUUUUCAGUCGGACAGAUAAUUUUGUCUGGGAUUGCUUAUUUGAUAACAAACUGGAAGAUCAUGCAACUGGUGCUCUUUAGCCCUCUUGCCAUUGUCCUGGUGACCAUGUUAAGUUUUCUUCCAGAGUCAGCCAGAUGGCUCGUGUCUCAGGGCAAGAAGGAGGCGGCUCUGAAGGAGCUCCAACGGGCCGCCAAAGCUAACAAGAGAAAUGUAGCAGCGGAUCUGCUUGAUAAGAUGAACGUGGAGCCUUCUCCGAACAGAAAGAACAUGGUGGACAUUUUCCGAAUAGCCUACUUAAGAAAGAAUACCGUAAUCAUGGCCCUUAACUGGUUUGCGGCAACUUUCCUGUUUUACGGACUGAGCCUAAAUAUCGGAAGUUUCGGCCUAAACAUCUACCUCACGCAGCUCAUCUUCGGCUUCAUUGAGAUUCCUGCCAACUUGGUCGGCUUGACUCUGAUUCAGCGCUUUGGGAGGAGAAUAUGCGAAGCAGGUUUCCUGUUCUUUGGCGGGGUUUCUUGUUUGGUGGCCAUUGUUGUCCCAAAAGAUCUUCCAGUGGUGGUGACUGUCAUAGCAAUGCUGGGAAAGUUUGCUGCUACGGCUGCCUGCAGCACAGCCCAUGUCUACACAGCUGAAUUAUAUCCUACAGAUUUAAGACACAGCGGUGUCGGCUUCAACGCCAUGUGUGCUCGUGUGGCCGGCAUACUCUCACCACUGGUCAGGCUCUUGGAGGUCUACCAUUAUAGUGUUCCCAUGGUGGUGUACGGCAUCAUCCCAAUGGCUGCUGGCGGUUUCUGCUUGCUGCUGCCCGAAACACUCAAUGUUGAAUUUCAGGAGGUCACUGUGAUCGGACGUAGAAUAAGUGGACCACUGGAGGACCAACGUUGCACUGAAGACACUGUCAAGAGUUCAUAAACUGUAAUGUUUAUCUUGGUUGUCUUAUGCCAGCCUCACCAUGCUUUAAGCUUCUCCACUGUCUACAGUUUCUUUGCCUUUGUGAUUGUGGUUGCUCAAUAAAGAGCUCUAACAAACC